CGCGACUCGCGGCUCAGUCGCUCGCUAGCUACGAGAUUGGGUAGAUUAAUUUUAUCGUGUAUACAUCGCUUUCAAAUACUCGCGAGACGAAUCAAAUCGUGUCCAAGGUGAAAAGAGACCCGUUUCGUGUUUCGUAUCCUUCUCGAAUUUGUCUAAUUACUCCCUUGUAAACCUCCGAUAACCUUAAGACUCAGUGAAUAAGAGACGAACAAGAGUGCGAGAGGGAGGGAGAGUGAUUCGAGUGUGCCGACUGUGAUACACUUAGCCGCGUAGAUAGCCGCUCUGUGAUAUACGCGUACACACAUGGAUAUUUCGAUACCUCUGGACUUUUCUCGUAUGGACACGAAAAGCUGUUAAUAAAGAUAUUCAAGCUUUUAAUAUUGUUAAUUGCGAAUCCUACUUAUGUGCAAAGAUAAAUGAGAAAUUCAUCGAAGAUAUUGGAUAUGGAUAUAUAAAUAAAUACGUACAAGAUAGUGCAAACGAAAGAAGACGGAGAUAAGAGAGACACGGACGGAGAGAGAUAGAGAAGAGUAGCGGAAGAAAAGAUACACGUGCGCGUGGUCGGUGUCUCGAGGAUACCUGUGGAUGCCAGGCUGGAGUUGCGACGUAUUAGGGCGCGGAUUUCUGUCCGAUGACCGCCGAGGAGAUUCAUUUCGAUUCACUAACCGAUCUUCAGUAUUGAUAUUACGCCGCAUCAGACGGUUUAUCAGCUAAGCUACAACUGAGAGAAGAAAGGGCAGAAAGCAUACGUACAGAACGUGUUAUGAAAUUGUUGCCGUCGAUUCAACUGCCGCAAUUACCGCCGGUUUCGGCCGGGGGUGGAAUGACGGGAAUGGACUCUCGGCUACCACCCGGUAUAUCUUUACCUUUUAGUCCUACUGAGCUACUCUGGCGAUACGGUCCCGCUAUGAAUUUUCCACCGACUCACCCGCCACCAAGUCCCUUUCUCGAUUUCAAGACGCACCUACCGGCAAGUUUGGGUAAGUUCCACUAUUCGUUUCUUCUGAUGAGAAAGAACUUCGUUUUGGGGAAGCAAAAAUUAUUGGCUUCUUUUUCGAAAAGUAUUCGAUGGAUAGAGAUUAAAAAAAAAAUUAAUAAAUUUCAAUGUAACUAUCAACUAUUUCAAAACGAAAUAGAACUCGUUUUAAACAGAAUAUCAUUUUUGUUUAGAUUUCUGCGAAACCCAACGGAGUUGAAGAAUAUAAAGAACAUAUCUCAGCUGCGUCAGCAAAUGCGGAUAAAGUCAGAACCGGAAGAAGAAGGCGGAAGUGGCGUCGAGCCGGAAAUCGAUAUGCCAACAGACCUCUCGAUGUCUAGUAUGAGUCAGCCAUCGAGCGAGCAACAACAGCAACAACCUCUAUCUCUUCUCGAUCCACCUGUAAAAUAUAGAAGUCAUGCGUAUAAUCUCGUAAAAACCAAUCAAGAGUCGGAAGAGCAAAAGUGACGUGAAACAUAGCAUUGUGACUAUCCGUUUUAAAUGCUGACAAGAUCAACAUAUUUUGUGUUAUGCACAUACUCGUUAUUUGAUUCGAAACAGUCACGUUUCGAAAUAAUACGAAGAGAUUUACUUUUAGCUAUAUGUCAAGUAUGUUGACAAAAUUGUUGAAAAAGAAUGUUUGUUUUCAAAAUAAUACACCUCUAGGGAUAUUUGCUGCCGUUUAAGAAUCACUAGGUCAUCAGCGCCACUGUUCAAAUAAUAAAGCUUGCGAGAAAGUUAUUAGGUUAUAAAUUAGCAACUAUCGUAUCAUUAACGUGUCUCCGGAACUAAUACAUGAUAAAAGACUGACAAAUAAAAUAUUGUGCGAGUUAUGUAUCAAAAUAUACAAGUUAUGAGGAGAAUAAUUUUGAAAACAACAACAUUGUGUAACGUCGUUGACUUGCCUUGAAUCGAAAACUAAUUGUUAGUACUAUAUCAUAAUGCUUAUCUGGUUCUUGGUUUAUUUGUCAACUUUAUUUCGAUAUUCGACCGCAACUUCGAAAACGUCCACCGAUUUUGAAUCGAGGAUCGAGGAUCGAGCAAUCAUCAACGCGGUUCAUCGAUUUCCACGCGUUUCAAAUAGAUAAUUGGCUGUUCAGAAUCUUGUUGAAAAAGCCAAUUGUGCUACAAUUGUGGAGGACGCUUCGAUGAAGCUGAACUUUCGCGGAUAUUCCGCCGUUUGUUUUCCAUCCUUCGUGUUAACGCACGUACGCGAGUGUGAAACGUUUCUCGCUUCUACAACGAACUACUUUAGAAAUGCUUAUAGAGCGUUAUCGACGAACGUACAAAACGGUGUUCGGGAAACGAUCGAAAUAUUUUAUUCCAAAGUUAUUCUGUGAUGUAAACUUUAGCUUGAAAGUAAAUUUCUCGGAGUAACAUAUACUUAGUUGUAACUAGAGAUUGAAUUUAUCGAACAUUUUUUUAUUUGAACAAAAGAAGUUGUUAUGAAAGAUUUUUAUGUAAGAUUAACGAUUAUAUGUAAUAUAUAGUUCGAUCCUGUAAAGAGGAUUCAAUAUUAUGCGAUCCAUUUUGUAAAUACUUAAAUUCGAUGAAAUUUCAAAGUUAGUUUCCCGUUGCACCGACUCAGUUGUGCCAAUCUAAUCGUCGGUAAUACGUAUAUAUGCGCGUUUAGUUUAGCGUUCUGUAUACAAAGAAACAAAGGGAGAAAACGUAUCUAUCGUUUUGAAAUUUAAUUGAAACGAUAUUGAGGAUCGUUUAUAUCCCUAAAUCGUGUAAUAGAUACGUGUAAAUAAGUUGACGAGCUAAAAAAAAAAAGAUAUAAUGAACUCAAUUAAAAAAAAAAAAAAAUGCGAGAGUUUUAAGGAAUUCGGGGCCAGAGUUAUAUAUAUACAUAUAUAUGAAUAUAAAUUUAUGUAUAAAUAAAUCUCUAUAUAUAUUAUAUAUAUAUAUAUUUUACUACCGAAGAGAAAUUUAUAUUCGAAAUUUCUACGUUCGUUGUCGAUGCGAUUGUGGCUCACAUUCCUCGCCAACGGAUCCUAGAUUUUAAAGAAAUAAAAAAGAAAUAAAAAAGAAAUGUCACUAGGGACCGAAGGCGCGUGUAUGAUUAGAAACUGGUCUUAAGAUCAUAUUUUUACUAAAGACUCGACUCACACACACGAGACAGAAAGUAUGAAAAAAUUCUUAUCAUGAGUGAAUCAAUGUACGUAUACAUGUGUAUGAAUAUGUGAGAAUGUGUGUGUGCAAGAGUAAAAGAGAGAAAGACAAAUAGAAGUCUGCGAAAAUGAAAAGUGCAUUAGCAGCAAGAGAUUUAUAAAUGAAAAAAAAAAGUUGUAUUUGGCUAUUUGUAUACUGUGAUCUCCGUGAAGUUUUUAUCA